AUGCGAGACCUGCAAACAGAUUACAUCGUCAGUGCCUGCCUGCCUGCCCAUGUGUCUGGGUCCUCCUGCCCCCUUGCCUGUAUGUCGGAGAUGAAAGUCUCCGGUUCCCGCAUUGUCCGGGACCUGCGGGCCAAGGUGAUCUGCUCCCUGAAGAUCACACCCCCAAACCUUCACCCUCUGUUUCCUGGGUCCUGGAGUCCUGGUGACACAAAGUCACUAGAACCGCUGUCCCCACAUCCCCUCUCCUCUCUCACCAUGAAAACACCUCAGAAGCAAAGGCUUGAAGUGAUAGGCGCCUAUCAAUAUGUGGUCACUUUUCUCUUCAUGGGCCUUUCCUGCACCCUUCUGGUCUUCUUUCUCCAUUUUACUGGGCUCUGGUCCUUCUCUGUUCUCUAUUUCGUGUGGCUGUACCUGGACUGGAACACACCCAUCCAAGGUGGAAGGCACAGCAGGUGGAUGAGAAAGUGGACAAUCUGGAAACACCAGAGAGAUUAUUUCCCUAUCAAGCUACUGAAAAUGCCAGAGCUGCCGGCUGACCGGAAUUACGUGCUGGGUGCCCACCCCCACAGGAUCAUGAGCACAGGAAUCUUCUGUAAUUUCCCCACGGACAGCAACGCCUUCUCCCAGGUCUUUCCCAGGCUUAGGCCUUGGGUGGCCACACUGGCUGGACUCUUCUACCUUCCUGAUCUUCCUCUCUAUCGAGACCACCUCAUGUUCAAUGGGCUGUGUCCUGUGAGUCGACAGAGUCUGGACUUCAUUCUGUCACAGCCCCAGCUUGGCCAGGCAGUCACCAUCCUGAUUGGGGGUACCCAAGAAGUCCUGUAUGCGGUUCCAGGGGAGCACUGCAUCACACUGAGGACGCGGAAAGGCUUUGUGCGCCUGGUGCUAAGGCACGGGGCCUCCCUUGUGCCUGUGUAUUCCUUUGGGGAGAAUGAUAUCUGCAGAAUCAAGUCUUUUGACCAAAACUCCUGGCAGCGUCGGUGCCAAAUUGCCUUCAAGAGACUCACGGGAUUUUCUCCCUGCAUCUUUUGGGGCUGUAGUCUCUUCUCGGCCAACCUCUGGGGUCUGGUACCAUUUGCCCAGCCCAUCACUACUGUGGUGGGCCGCCCCAUCCCUGUGCCCCAGUCCCUCAAGCCCACCGAAGACCAAGUGGAUUGUUAUCACUGGCUCUACAUGAAGGCUCUGGAGCGGUUGUUUGCAGACCACAAGGAGGCCUGUGGUGUCCCUGCUUCCACGCACCUCACCUUCCUCUAGACCUGAGACUCUGAACCCUGUUCCUGGAGAGUUCCACCGUGCCAGACU